CGCAUUAAUUAUUCUUCUUAUUAUCGUUUCCCCAGCACUUUUCGGCACUUUUUGCCUUGCUGUUGCUGCUGUCUCUGGCUGGUCCUCAUCUACUUGCUUAUUCCCGUGCUUGUGCUCGCCGUGCAAGCCUCUUUCUAUCAGUUAAGUCCUGUGAUCGUCUGGGUGUCUGCCCGGUGCACACCGCAGAUCUCGCUCCGACACUCACCAUCGACCCUUUUCGCCACAAGCGACGCAAAGAACAUCAACUCCCUUUUGCCUGUCAGAUUCGCUAUACUAUCACCAGACGCAUAGAGUGCCAUCAUGUCUUCCACUUCAGUCCAAGAAAUCCCUGAGAAGGCACCUGAUGAUUCUUCCAAGCUGAAGACUUUCUUGUCCAUCCUCCGCAAGUUCGUUGGAGUGGCCGACAUCGCGUCUGUUCGUUUCUCGUUGCCAGCGCAUCUUCUAGAACCCACGCCAAAUCUGGAAUAUUGGAAUUACCUAGACAGACCGGAGGCCUUCGCAAGCAUUGGUCAAUCGGAAGAUCCGCUGGGACGCACGCUGGAGGUUCUGAGAUUCUGGUUUACCAAGGACUUGAAAUACAUCAAAGGCAAACCAUGCAAGCCGUACAAUUCUACAUUGGGGGAAUUUUUCAGAUGCACCUGGGAAGUAGAUCAGACGCUCCCAGAAGUCUCGCCGACUCCAAAAGCUUUCUCCAACGCAAAGGACAGCAGCACAGAUCCCGUCAAGAUUUGCUACUUAACUGAACAAACAUCUCACCACCCUCCGGUUUCUGCCUUUUUUAUAGACUGCCCGGAUACGGGGGUCUCUGCGCGUGGUUUUGACCAGAUCAGUGCCAAGUUCACAGGCACCAGCAUCCGGGUCGCUCCUGGCCAGCACAACCUGGGAAUCUUCGUCAACUUGAAAAACAGAGAUAAUGAGGAAUACCACUUGACCCAUCCUGCAGCACACCUUGGUGGUCUCCUCAGAGGCGCUUUGGCGAUCUCUGUCUCAGACACUUGUUACAUUACUUGCGCCAAGACGCGCAUCAAAGUCAUUUUACAGUACUUGGAGGAGGGCUGGAUUGGUCGAGCGCAGAAUAAGGUUGAGGGUGUGAUCUUUCGAUACGAUCCGGAUAAGGAUGUCACCACGAGAAUCAAAGAUGUACCCGAAGGCGAUGUUCUUGCCCGGAUCAGCGGUUCUUGGCAUGGGCAAGUUUUCUACACGUUGGCCGGUACAAACGAACCUCGGCUUUUGAUCGAUGUCACACCCCUCUUCCCAGUCGCGAAGACGCUGCCUCCGGAAGAGAGUCAACUAUCCAACGAAUCCCGCAAAUUUUGGUCUUCGGUUACCGAAGCUAUCGUCGACAAAAAGUACGGCCAGGCUACCAAGCUCAAACAAGACAUCGAAGAGCGACAACGGCAAAAGGCCGCAGAGCGUCAGAACAAGAACGAAACGUGGCAGCCUCGUUUCUUCACCGGCGCUGUCACGCCUUUGGGAAGACCUGAGCUAACAGAUGAAGGGCUGAAGGUACUCGAUGGGCUACGCAGCGGUGAUUAUAGGUUGGACGAGAGUCUUACAAAGGGUGCAUAGAGGCGUUAUUUCUAUAGGUC